AUGAUACUAUCCAAACAUGUAAAUUUUACGUACCAUACAUAUAACCUCAUCUAUAAUUUUUACCCUGAUCUAACUAACUUUGGCAUGCCUGGUUCAAUCUACGGGUUACAGUCAUCGUUGAAAACGAUGGAAAAACAUGUCGAGAUUCCUCAAUCCAUACACCAUUAUAGUCCGUUUUAUCAGCUUCCACUAAUUUUUUAA